GUGUUUUCAGGUCGUCCCGUGUUUCAGUGGCCCGCAGCUGUGGGCUGAGGAUGCCUGGCUGAGACGCUAUCACUUAUGAACACAGUGUGUGAGAAAGUUAAGCCCCUGCCGAUGUGAAGGAUGAGCUCAGGAAAUGGCACCAGGAAGAAAGCCAGCAAGCAGCAGCGCCUCAGCAGUGCGGUGGCCUCUGACCCCGAAAACCUGGCCGAGAUACAAGCCCUUUUCAACAAAGUCAGAGCCUAUUCGAAGCCUUCCAACGGGGAGUGGAGCCUCCCCGACCCAAAUGCUGCUCUCAGACACCCUCCAGAAGAGCACCAGAACCUGCAAGACCUGAAGGCUUCUCUGAAUGAGGUGAAAAACCAGCUCAGUGACAAGAACGUGCAGGUGUGGCAUCAGCACACCAACUCCACCAACCGGGCCGGCAAAGUUAUCGCCGCCGUGCGUUCUGCUGCCAAUGCGGAGAUCUGCACUCAGGCCUGGUGCAAGUUCUAUGAAAUCCUGGGAACCUUUCCUCUUCUGCCAGAGGAGGCUCUUCAAAGCGGAGAACUGAACUCCGUGCACCUGUGUGAAGCUCCUGGUGCAUUUAUAACGGCUCUUAACCACUAUCUGAAAACCAGCAGCUCCACGCGAUACUGCGACUGGUGCUGGGCCGCCAACACUCUCAAUCCCUACCACGAGGCUAACGGGGGCAGCACGACCAUUGCCGACGAUCGGUUAAUCGCCAACACGCUGCCCUGGUGGUUCUUUGGCUCAGACAACACGGGCAACAUCAUGAUCCAGAAACACUUGCUGGAUCUGCAGGCGUUCGUCUCCAACAUGCGUCGGGUGGAUCUGGUAACAGCCGAUGGAAGCUUUGACUGUCAGGAGAACCCCGAUGAGCAGGAGGCCCUGGUGGCGUCCCUGCAUUUCUGCGAAGUGACAGCUGCAUUGCUGCUCCUGAGCCCCGGAGGUUCCUUUGUACUAAAGAUGUUCACCCUGUAUGAGCACUCCUCUGUCUGCUUACUGUAUCUGCUCAACUGCUGUUUCCGCUCCGUCAGCGUCUUCAAACCUGCGACCAGCAAAGCGGGAAACUCAGAGGUUUAUGUUGUGUGUCUGAACUAUGACAGCAAGGAGUCUCUGAGGCCCCUGCUGUCAAAACUGAUUCGUAAUUAUGGACCUCUCAUGGCGGACAAAGAGGCACUUUUGCCCAGUUCUCUUAUCCCAAAGUCUUUCCUGAAGCAACAUGAAGAGGUGUGCUUGUACUUCCACACUCUGCAGGUGGAGACGAUCACAGAAAACCUGCAACUGUUUGAGGGAAUAAGCCCAGAGCAGAGGCAGCGGCUGGACCACAUCAGAGACUGUGUGGCUCAGGAAUAUCUGCAACGUUUCAAUGUGACCUUUCUUCCACGGAGCCGGUGGAUCUCUCGUAACACGGUGAGUCCUGCCUGCUGCAGCGUCUCAGCGGGCCGGCCUCUGGGACAGAAGAAGCAGACGGGCUCUUUCAAUGAGCGCAGGGAAUUGCAAAGCCUGGACUGGAGGGGCCGGAUUGAGAGGAGCUGCCACGCAGCCUGGAUACAAACUCACUGCACGGAGGACAGAGGGACAGGCUGCACGCUGGAGGGACCCCUGUCCAGCUGUCAUGUGGAGUCAUGGUAUGUCAUUAUCGGGGCUGCACUACCUGCUGUCAGGAACUCUCCAUUCUGCGAUGGGGAGAUGUUAAAACACCUAAACGAGGCCCUGAUGGACACGGCUGUAGACUGGACCCACGUGCCCCCCUGUGACUCCUGCCACGUGACCAGCACGUCCUCCAUAUUGUCCGAGGUGGCAGGUCUUUGUAUCGACAAAGCUGGCUCUGAGGAGAACCACAGGAGGACGCAGUGUCUUGUGUUUGGCAGCCGCUCCGUUUGGGGUGCCUGUGGGAGCCGAGACGAGGAUCUGGGCUUGACGUUCUGCGCAGAGCCUUCAUUUCCCCAGAGGGGCCGCAUUUCGCUGCUCGACGGGGAGCCGCUGUAUCAGCAGCAGCUCCUAAGCUGCGUGAUGGUGUCCCUGCAGAGCCUGAGCUCUGGGGAUGUGCUGCUGCUGCCUGUGUUUUCUGCCCUCACCCGUGUCACGGCAGCCGUGGUGCUCUGCCUGCACGCGUGCUUUCGCUCGGUCUCCUACAAGUGUCCACCCCCCUCCAGCGUGGCCGGGGCCGUGCUGGUGUGCGUUGGCUUCUGCCCAGAAGCCGCCGCUCGAAUGCGUCCAGUCCUGACUGACGUGCAAAGCUCCCUGAGUAAGCUGUUAAAAGCAGAGGAGGCCACGGGUAGAAGUCAGCCCUGUGGGGGUGACAGGCAGGUGCUGCAGUUUGUUCCCAUGGAGGAGCUGCUCACAGGAGGACUGACUGAGUUUCUGUGGGCCAUGAACUCCGAAAUCAUUCAGCAGAAGCUGCAUGUGCUCAUGCAGCGAUAGUGCAGAUCAGUGCGCUGUAUGCCCGUCUCCGAUACGGACUCAUCACAUUGCAGACUGAAGCAGAAAAGUGUUCAGGCCUCCAGCUGUUUGUCUCUGAAUCAAAACAUCAAGAAUCCUCGUAUGAUUUGAUCAUCUACUCCCUAAUGACACUGUGCGAUUGUUUAAUUUUCAAAGGAUGAACAUUUAUCAAAGCCAGAGACAUCCUUUUUUCUUCUUUCCUCAAACCAGGGGCUUCAACUUCAAUCUAAUCUGUUGGUUCUCUUGUUGUUUCAUGUGUUUGUGUGCCUACAUUCAGGUCUACAAGCACACUCAAGCUCAGCUCAUGCCAUCCGAUUCAGUCUGUCCUACAUAUGUGACCCAAGCUCCUUAAUAAGCACAACACUUAUGCCUGCUUAGAUCUCGAAUUUAGUUGGCUGUGUUUUUCAAACAGUUACUGAAAAUAAGUAUAUUUUUUGGCAUUGCAGUUCUCUGACUAAAUGGUGAGAUUAUGUUCAGUAUUUAAGUUUUAUAUUCAAAUUGAAAAACUUCCACAAAAGAAACAAGUAGGAAGGUGUUCAUUUGCAAAAACUGUUUUCUUAAUGAGAAAGUGCCAGGAGACAGAACACUGGUCAUUUUGUUGGCAAUGUGAGCAAACCUGACUUUCUGAUUUGUUUUGUCAACAGGGUCAUUAGAUAUGAGUGAAGUGCUGUGUGGACUAAUCACAGCACCUGUGCUCUGCAUGGUCACAGUAGGAAAUCACAUUUCUAAGGCAGCAGACAUCCGGCUAUACGUUGAUUUAUAUUUUAUAAUAAUCUUCAUGUGUUUUUUACUGGGGGGGUGGCAAUUGUUGAAUAAAAAUUCGGAAUUUGGUCUAUCUGCUAAGAGUUUGUGUUCAUCUCUGUUAUUUAAUUAAUAAUUCAGAAAUUUGGAUAACACAUGUGAAUCAAUUAUGAGACUUAUUUUCCCCCACACAUAAAGAAUGACAUUCAAAAUGUCUGAGUAUAUUUUGUUUUAUUAGCUGACUACUCUGAUAAGGCUCUCAUCUGAACAGGAACCUGGUAUGAAUUUCUUUCCUGUUGCACAUUUGAAAGCGGCCAAAAAGUAACAUAAUGUGUGAAAAUUUACACCAAGCAUUAAGUAAUGGAGCUUCUUAUCUGCUCAGUAAGAACUUUAUGUAAACAUAGGCUUGAUGAUGUGUUAUCGACAGACAUCAUCUGAUAUAACUACCUUAAAGCUGUUUGAGCAGCACCCUGAACACUGAGUAUUCAUCUAUUCUAUUCCCCAGACGUUUGGCCUUCUCCAUACAUUUAUUUUGCCUUCCCUACUCAAAUACCGACAACCUGCAGGCGAGAACAGAGCGGACGGAACAAACACCAAUGCAUGAAAUCAUUUCUGCAGAAGUCAGCCAUGACUGAAGGUUCUGAGUCCUGCAAAGAGAGCAAAUAAUCAGUAGUCCAACCCUCAGCACCAGGCAGUCACAGAUGUUAGCAAUUUACAUCACACAAAGCCUGACGUUUCCCCUCAGGUGCCUGUUGACUUGCAGAGGUGCACUAUUCCAUUCAGUGAGGAUCUGGUGGGAAUCUGCAAGCUAUCUUGCUUCUUGGAGCUGAAUUACUGUUAAACUAAUUAAUUUAUUUUGCACCAAGUGAAGAAAAACUUUUUCUUGUCUGACAGGAGACUAAAAGGUGUAACGUGAAAGUCUGUGCAGCCGGGAAGGCAGAAGACGUGUGAUGUGUUAUCUUUUUUCUUACUUGUAUAUUCCAGUUUUCACCGUCAGGAUGAUUUAUUUUCUCAGCAACGUAAUAAAAAAAACUAAGUGCA